AUGGAAUCGUUGUUCGUUGGUUCUUUGGCAAAGCCUUCCAUUUUACCCUCAUUUCCUGCCAAAGUUGACUUGUUCUCUCCUUCUUCGGGAGCACAAGUUUUGAGAUUCAAGGAACGAAACAAUUUAGAUAAACAGUUUGGAGUGCCUAGUAUUUCUCAGAAGAAGUUCCUGUUGUGCCAGCAUGUUGGUGCUAGAUAUACGAGAUUAGUUGCUCUAUCUCGUAAAGGAAGCGACAAGUGCUUGGUGAAUGCGGCUUCUGGACAACCUCUUGAAUCUGAACCUUCAAAGGACCCCUUGAAUACUCUUCAAGGGAGCUUAGAUGCUUUCUAUCGCUUUUCGCGGCCCCAUACAGUAAUUGGAACUGUAUUGAGCAUAAUUUCAGUUUCUCUUCUUGCAGUGGAGAAGCUCUCUGAUUUUUCUCCCUUGUUUCUUACUGGGAUGUCUGAGGCCAUUGUUGCUGCCUUCUUCAUGAACAUAUACAUUGUCGGUUUGAAUCAGUUGUCAGACAUAGAUAUUGACAAGGUUAAUAAGCCUUACCUCCCAUUGGCAUCAGGAGAAUAUUCAAUCAAGACAGCUGUGACAAUUAUUGCAUCUUUUGCAAUAAUGAGUUUUUGGCUUGGAUGGAUUGUCGGCUCGGGGCCAUUAUUUUGCGCUCUUUUCGUCAGCUUUGUUCUUGGGACUGCAUAUUCAAUCAAUGUACCCUUGUUGAGAUGGAAGAGAUUUGCCUUCGUUGCCGCACUCUGUAUUUUGGCUGUGCGAGCAGUAAUUGUGCAGUUAGCAUUUUAUUUGCACAUACAGAGUUUUGUGUUUGGACGACCUGCUCUCUUUUCAAAACCUGUAAUAUUUGCAACAGCGUUCAUGUCCUUCUUCUCAGUUGUUAUAGCUCUUUUCAAGGAUAUUCCUGACAUUGUUGGGGACAAGAUAUAUGGUAUCCGAUCUUUUACAGUCCGGUUGGGUCAAGAGAAGGUUUUUUGGAUUUGCAUUGCUCUUCUCCAAAUCGCUUAUCUUGUUGCCAUUUUGGUUGGAAUGACAGCUUCCCAAAACUGGAGCAAAGUUAUAACAAUUGCUGGUCACAUUCUUUUGGCUUCCAUGCUCUGGAGUCAAGCCAAAUCCGUUGAUCUGGGAAGCAAGGCAGCAAUAACAUCAUUUUACAUGUUUAUAUGGAAGCUCUUUUAUGCUGAAUACUUCCUGAUACCUUUCGUACGAUGA